AACACCUCAUGGCGAGAUCACAUCGAUUUCUGACUCGCCAUGGAGCCGUUAUAGCACGGAUUUACAGAUUUUAAACUCAGGUUGACAGGGCCUCCGAUAAGGUUCAGGAAUGGUUUCCCGACUCUGACGCUUGAAUGCAUCCGCUUGUCCUCUCUUAAUGGCUAUACCUGCUACAUGACACAUUUCGAUGCUUCCCUCUUCGCUUUCGAGAAGAAACCUUCGGCAUCAUGGGUGUACGGUCGCUGGUCGCAGCGCUCCUGUGUCUGUUGGCGUUCUUCAGUAUCGGAGUGUUGGGGAAACCUCAAUCAGACUCAACGACGCUUACCGUUGCUGACAUUCCAGCAUGUGGUCUUAGAUGUCUCUUUCUCGUGCUCCCAGCGAGUGGAUGCGCACCAACCGACAUUGAGUGCAUCUGUGCCAGCGACUCCCUCGAACACCAGCUGGCUGCAUGUUUGCUGUCCAACUGCACCAUGCAAGAUUCAUUGGACACUUCGCGCGUUCAGUCUGACCUCUGUCAUCUCUCCGAAGAGUCAAAAGUGCAACAAGUAAUCCUAUAUACAAGCAUUGUUUACUCAAUUGCUUUUAUCUCUGUUGUCCUGAGAAUAGCCGGAAAGGCAGUUUCUCAAAGACUGGCUUGGGACGAUGCCAUGGUCGUUGCUGCUCUGUUCUUGACGGCGAUACCACUAGGAUGCGUCCUCGAUAUGUCUCAGAAGGGCUUUGGCGAGCACUUAUGGAACCUUGAGGAUGGCAAGCUGCUUCCCAUUUUACGGAAUUUGUAUAUUUCCUGGUCGACAUACGUUAUCAUCCUAUGCAUGAUCAAGAUCUCCCUAGUCUUGUUCUAUCUUGAAAUUUUCAAAACCCCAAGGUUUCGGAUAACAGCGUUCGUCUUUCUUGUAUAUCUGAUUAUCAACAGCCUAGUCAUCUUCUUCAUCGCCAUCUGCGCAUGCAAUCCCAUACCUUCGUUUUGGAACCGCGACAUCAAGGGCAAAUGCAUCGACAUUCAAGCUGCAGCAUAUGCCAAUUCAGCGUCCGCCAUUGUUCAGGAUCUCAUACUUCUGGUAUUACCACUAGCCUUUAUCCGCAACCUCCAAAUGAAGCGCUAUCGAAAGAUCGCUGUUGGAUUCAUGUUCGUCAUUGGUACUUUUGGCUGCAUCGCAACCAUCAUGCGGUUGCCAUCGUUAAGUACGUUCAAGAUUUCAAUCGACCCAUCCUGGGACUACGUCCCCAUCACCAUCUGGACCGAACUGGAGCUAGCAGCUGGCUUUCUAUGCGUAUCCUUGCCCUCAAUUCGCAUCCUUCUAGUCAGGGUACUGCCAAAACAGGUCGUAGAAUUCUUGUCCAAUAUCACACACCCAUCGCGGGGAAAGAGCAAUCCUACUCCUCGUCCACAACAGGAGCGUCCACCCGAACAGCGGAAGUGGAAAAAACCGUCAUCCUGGAUUGAUAUCUCGGUCAAUAGUACCAAUGUUUCGAACGAAAGCACUGGAAAAGAUCUGGAACCAUUGACCCUGGGCCCAGGUGUACGAGGCAGCUUCAUGAGCGCUUUCUGGAAUCGUAGCUCCGCACAACCGUCCCAAUUUUCCAAUUUACGGAGCGGAAGUCGACGACUCGAAUCGGCGAUGAGCAACUAUAGCGAAGCUGGUGUUGCUGUCACUCGGCCUCCGUAUCAAGAAGGGAAAAACGACGGCAUUUCUGAGCAAUUAGAGAUGGGCAACAUGUCGAGUAGAUCACAUCGUUAUACGAAUUCCUCGUGCAGAAGUUGUAGCGGCGACAAUGAUCAGAUUACUGCACUUCCACAAAUUGGGUGCAUACCAGAAGGAUCAUUCUCGGCACAUGACGUCUCCAGGUAUCAUAAAACGCCAUCUGCACAAUGGUCGCACCAGGAGAAAGACAUGGUGUGACAUCAAAAUGCAACAUGUUUCAGAUACCCGAAGUUGUUUGUUUCCUCAACAGAAAGGCAACAUCCAGCUAUCCGUGGCUUGUACCAC